AAGCGAUCGUCUCCAGUCAGUUGAGAGUUUUUCCUCAAAGUGUCACAUUGUGCUCUGUUCACGUGAAAAUCGCGUUUUGUGGAGAGGACAAAAGUGCUAAUUUUGAACAUAAAAAAUUAACAAAGCAAAAGGAAAAGCUCUCAGUGGAAGUAAAGAAUUUGCAAAAGUUAGCAUUGAAGUGGGUAAAAAAAAGAAAGACGUCUCUGACUUACAAAUUGUGGUGCGAAAAGCCAGUUGUGAAAAAAAUCUGUGAGGGGUUUUUUUUUUAAAUGUAAAUUAAGUGCAGAUAUAUUCGGAAAUUUAUUAGGUACAUACAUGAUACAUAAUGUACAAACAUAUAUAAGUACUGCGGUAUUUCUUUUGAGACACUCCGGGUGUAUAUGCAAAUGAAUUAAAGACGAAAGUGAUUUUGCGGUCAAUUUGAAGUGGAAAAGAGAGAAGAGCUUUCUUCGGCAUUUUCACUGCAGAGGACAUUUUUGCUAUAUACAACAAAAUUUUUCUUUAUUUUAAUUAUAAAUUCACAACAACACCUGUGAAGUUCGUGGGGGUGAGAAAAAUAUUUUUCACAGUAAAGUGGAGCAAAGGAAGUGCUUGUUUAUCUUUUAUGUAGGACAAUAAGUUUCUGCUAACAUUACUGUGCGCAAAUUUAUCGCAAUCGGCGACACAAGCGGUGACCUCUUGAUAAUUUGCGAAGCACGUUCUGUAGAGAAAAAAAAACCAAGAGGAUUUAUUCUUGGUGCCAAAAAAGGAGGGACGCUGAACGAGGGAUUCUCAGAGGCAAAAAAGGAGAAAAUUUAUUUCUUCAAUAACUUGGUAUCUCACAUAAUAUGUUUCUACAUGUGCAUUUGAGGUGUUGACGAACGGUUUCUCCAGGAUGGAGAUACGGGGCAUUGUUGUUACCACAAUGCGCCCCUUCACUGGCAUCCACAGCAGUGUUGACCAAAUGUUUGUAAUAUGUCUCUUGAGUCUACUUGGAGUGAUGUGCCAAUUGGCGGAGGGUCGCCAUCAUGACCUCAGCAAUACGCAGUCCUUUAAGUCGGGACCAAAGCACAUUGCAUCCGUAGAAGCGGCAGCAGUGGCAGCUUUAGAUGAAUCAACACUAGAAGUUUCAAGCGAGAGUGAUGAUACAAUUUUUACCCCCUAUCUUGGUCAUGGCGAUGCAGUGAGAGUGGUGGAUGCGGAAUUGGGUACACUGGAGCGUGAAGGUGUAUCCGCUGGGAAUGACGGAACGUCCCAGCCGCGACGUCGCAACAUCAGCCGGCGCGAAUCAAAUCCAGACGCCGAGGAGAAUGAUCCACUUAUUGUAACAACAGACAAAGGGAAGGUACGAGGUGUUACAUUAACAUCUCCAACGGGUAAGAAGGUGGACGCGUGGAUGGGGAUUCCGUACGCACAGCCACCUGUUGGUGCAAUGCGCUUCCGACAUCCACGACCGGCAGAACGGUGGUCUGGAAUCCGCAAUGCCACAACCCCGCCAAAUACGUGUGUUCAAAUUGUCGAUACGCUCUUCGGCGACUUCCCGGGCGCCACUAUGUGGAAUCCCAAUACAAACCUCACGGAGGAUUGCCUCUAUAUUAAUGUCGCAGUACCACAUCCGCGUCCCAAAAAUUCACCCGUUAUGCUAUGGAUCUUUGGUGGUGGCUUUUACUCAGGAACAUCCACACUGGAUGUGUACGAUCACAGAACCUUGGUUGCGGAGGAGAAUAUCAUUCUAGUAUCGAUGCAGUAUCGUGUAGCUAGUUUGGGUUUCCUCUAUCUCGGUACCCCGGAUGCUCCUGGCAAUGCUGGUCUGUUUGACCAAAAUCUAGCCCUUCGGUGGGUCCGGGAUAAUAUUCAUAGGUUUGGGGGUGAUCCUACGCGUGUUACACUCUUCGGUGAAAGUGCCGGAGCAGUGUCGGUUUCCAUGCAUCUCCUGUCGGCCUUAUCUCAUGACCUAUUUCAACGAGCGAUCCUCCAGAGUGGCUCACCAACGGCGCCGUGGGCCCUUAUAACGCGCGAAGAGGCCAUUAACCGUGCCCUAAGGCUAGCUGAUGCUGUGGAGUGUCCACAUGAUCGCGAUAACUUGCCAGAAGUGGUGGAAUGUCUUCGUGGGAGGGAUGCAAAGCAACUUGUGAACAAUGAAUGGAAUAACCUUGGUAUAUGCGAAUUUCCCUUUGUUCCCGUUGUCGAUGGUGCUUUCCUCGAUGAGACACCUCAGAGAUCCUUGGCGACAGGACGUUUCAAGAAAACUGACAUCCUCACAGGCAGUAACACCGAGGAAGGAUACUAUUUCAUCAUUUACUACCUAACUGAAUUACUGAGAAAGGAGGAGGGUAUCACUGUAACCCGCGAAGAGUUCCUUAAGGCUGUAGAAGAACUCAAUCCGUAUGUAAAUGGUGCCGCACGUCAAGCCAUCGUGUUCGAGUACACAGACUGGACUGAUCCCGAUAAUGCACAUAGCAAUCGAGAUGCACUGGAUAAAAUGGUCGGCGACUACCACUUUACGUGCAAUGUGAAUGAAUUUGCUCAUAGGUAUGCUGAGGAAGGGAACAAUGUCUUCAUGUAUCUGUACACUCAUCGCAGUAAGGGUAAUCCCUGGCCACGCUGGACAGGUGUGAUGCAUGGAGAUGAAAUCAAUUACGUAUUUGGUGAACCACUCAACUCUGCUCUCUCAUAUACGGAAGAAGAGAAGGACUUUAGUCGAAGAAUCAUGAGAUAUUGGGUCAAUUUCGCCAAGACUGGAAAUCCUAAUCCAGGAUAUGCGCCUAACAUGCCUGAAUGGCCAAAACAUAGUGCUCACGGAAGACAAUAUAUGGAAUUAGGGCUCAACACGACCUACCUUGGCAGAGGACCUCGCCUAAGGCAGUGUGCUUUUUGGAAGAAAUACCUUCCUCAAUUAAUAUCUGCUACAAAAGAAAACAAUUCUUUAGAGAGCCAAAAAAAUUGCACCAGCGCUGGAAAUCAAAGCAUCAAGAAGCAAAAUUUUCCCGUAGUCAUCGUGCUCUUGGCCAUGCUGGGAAUAAUAUGCAGUGUCAAUUAAUGACACCUUUCCUGAUUAAGAGUACCACAAUUAUGUGUUUCGUCACGAUAAUUGCUAUUAAAAUUUAUAUACUACAUUCACAUUGAGUAGUAAAGUAAAACGUGGUUUUAAUCUAAAUUGGGAAAGACUUCAAAAUUCAUUUGGGAGAUCUGUAUUUGAUUCGCCAAAGAAAAUAUGAAAGAAGCGGAAAAAGUGUGAGAAAGUUAAUCCACCCAUAUUUAUUGCAUCCAUCCACCAUCCAAGAAGAAAAAAAAAGUUAGGCAUAAAUUAUCUCUUAAAGGAGUACUCACUAAACUACUUAAUUAUAAUAAUUAAGCAAUGAAUGCAAAUUGCAUUUGAAUGGAAGUAGAAGAAUAUGCCCUUUAACUAAAUAUAAUGUAUAGUUUUCUCAUCAUAUGAAUUCUGUAUAUGUUUAUGCAGAUCGCAUGCAUAACUACAUAGAAUUCCAUACGACGAAUAAACUGUAAAUUAAUAAAUGUUCAAAAUGUACGAUGUCCCCAUGAGAUAUAAGCUCUAUGCAGGUCGGGCGGUACUAAUAAAAAAAAAAGGACGCGGCUAUAUGUAGAUGCCCCAGAAGGCUGCAGCGCAGUAUAGGGACGGGAAGCACUAUCGGUCAUAAAUGUAGUGGCUUUAUACAUAAACAAUAUUUUAUUAUGUGAUGUAAGAAAUAAUCAAAUACUAACGAUUGCAAAAGUCUCGGCUUGACUGAAUUAUUAAUUUUUAUUAUUAAGAAAAAAACUUAAUUAUAUACCUAGUGAAGGAAUAAAAGUAAAAUGAAAAAUUAAAUUGAGAAAAAAAUGAAACAAGAAAAAUAUAAAAUUAAAAAUGAGGAGAAAAAAAAUGUUCAGAUAAAAAACAUAUCAUUUAAGCUUACAAUUUCGUAUGAUGACUAAGAAUGUAGAGGUACUCUAAGAUAUGACCAUUUGAGAAAAAUCUACAAAACCAAAUUCAACUUAAAAGGAGGGUAAAUUGACGUAUUUUUUUGAUUUUUUGACAUUUCAGAAUUCAUUAAGUUUUAGUUGAAGAAAAAAAACUUCUAAAUUCUUAUGGCCCCCCAUUUUAUUACGUAUCUACAUAACAUUAAAUCACAGCUAAAAUGGUGAGACAAUGGAAUAGAAAAGCUUAAUAUCUAUAUGCUCUUUUAUUUAAUUUUUAUAGAAGAAAAAUAUGGAAUUAAAUGCAAAUUGCAUUGCAACGAAUUUUUUCAAGUUACAAUGAGUUUCUUUUCAAUUAAUUUUACAAUAUUAUUAAAAAAAAGAAAAAUAUUUAAUGGCAAAUAGAGCAAGAUGUUGAUGUGUUGCUAAAAGCACUUAAUACAAAAAAAAUGUUGGUAUUGGCUUUCAAUUGCCUAAUUAACUAGGUUAUAGCCGGUCAAAGAGAAAAUGCUUGAUUAAAUAUAUAAAUUAACCAAGAAAGCCAAAUAAAGAAAUCUUCCUAAAUAUUUGAGUUCCUCCUGAAUUUCUACAAAGAAAUAAAAUCUUUAAUUUUUCCCGGAAAAUCUUUCUAAAUAUACCCAAUUUGGAGAUGAAAAAAACCAAAUUUAAUAUUGAAUUUCCCAUGUCUUUGCUGCCUUACGUAUUGUGAACCAAAAGGAAAAAAAACAAUAGGUUUGAAAAGUUUAGAGUAUAAAAUAGAUUACAUUUUACGCUUUUGGGGUGAAAGAGAAAAUAAAAAAUAAAAGGUUUUUCAAUAAUGAAAUUUUUACACCUACAUAUUUAAUAAAAAUGAAAAGAAAAAGUAUGUAUUUAGGAAAAAAAAUUGUCUAAAUAUCGAUCUAGCCGUAAAAAAAUGCUUUUAAUUUGCAUAAUGGUAAAAAAAAGUGUAAGAAAUGAUGAAAUUGACUAAUGAGGUAUCAAUAUAAGAAUUUUCAUAUUGACAUCAUUCUUACAGAGAAACCCUACUUGGUAAGAACAAACACAUUUCUACUCAUUUUUACGAAUCUCAUCAAACAUUGUAUUUUACACAAAAAAGUAGGUUUAUUGAUUUUGCUACAUUUACACUCAAUUUCAAAUAUUUAUCCAUGCAUGAAUAGGGAAAUAUUUUUUUGUGUUUUUGAUAAAAUGAAAAAUAGCGAAAAAUGUGGAAAGGAAAAUAGUAUUGAUUAAUACAAAAUUGAUUGAGUUUAAAAAAAAAUAAAUUGUUAUUGUGCAUACAAUCGGAUUUACCUGCACGUACUGUUCCAAAAAAAAGACAUGAUAAUAUCCGUUAAUGAGAUUAAAAAUAAAAUAAAAUAAAUAUGAGGUUAUUUAAAAUGAACGACCAACUAAAUAAAAAAAAUUGAUAUGAAGGAAACAAAAUUUAAACAUAGUUGCAUAGAAGAGAUAAGUAUGAAAAAAUGUAAAUAAAAUAUGGAGAAAAAAAAAUUUAAAAAAAAUAUUAGGAAAAUAAUUAUUUCUUAGAAGAGGAUCAGUUGCAAAAAGAAUGAAAGAAAAAAAGGCAGGAUCCACUAUUUCUUGAAGUUUGUUCACAUCCGACAAAAAAUGAAUACCUACUUAUAGUAUGUAAAGACAAAAUCUGAAAUUUUGUGCUUAAAAAAAUAUAUUAAAAUAAGCUUUGUAGUAGUGCAUAAAAAUAAUUAGUACAGAUGAAAAAAAUGAAAAAGUAGAGUAUGACAGAGCGGACUUUGUGAAAUUUUAUUGAUCGAAAUCGAGAGGGGAUUAAUUACAAAGAAUUUGCAAUCACAUUCAAAUCGUCAAGUACUGUGAUGUGAACAUAUAGCUUCGAUUUCUAAUUUCAUUCAAAAUGAUAAAGAACAUGGACAAAGGAGGAAAAAAGAAAAGAAAAUAAAAGUUGAAGUAAAAAAAAACAAAUCAUCACAUUCAGAGACGUUUUUAGAAAGAAAAUAAAAUUUAAAAUCAUAAAAAAAAUAUUUAGGAGCGUUUCAAUACGUGAUAAAACUAAUUCAAGAUGAAAUAAAAAUUCAGAGAAAUGGAUUAAGGAUAUUGAAAUUCAUUUACAGAAAUUACAAUAAAUUAUAUUAACAUUUUGACUACUGUAAUGAAAGAAAAAAUAUUACAAUGACCUUAAAAAAAACAAAUAUAAUAAUAAAAAAAAUUAACAUCAAUAAUUAACACUCAACUGAAAGAAUGAAAAAAAACUACUCGACUCAAGUAGUUAAUAUAAUAAAGAAUUUUCUCAAAAUGCUCCUCAGAUAAUGAAAAAAAAAUGAAACUUUUUACUGUUGUUUUGUAACCGACCUACACACAGACUCUUCCUAAAUAGAGAAAUUAAAAGACACGAAAUCGUUAUAGUGAUCCCUUUAAUAAAAACUAAAAAUAUAAUGAGAUUAUAAUGAAGGACAAUUUAUACAGCAACUGAUAAAAGGAAAAAAAGCUAAUAAAAUCACGCUACAUAUCUCCAUUGGUGCAAAACUAUAAUAUUUAAUAUUUACUAAAUAUAUACACACAUUAUAUAGAACAUAUGAAAUUAAUAAUAAAUAAUAACUAAACGAUUGUAUAUUAAUGAAAAAAAUGAAUCAUAUUGUAACGCAAAUAUUAAAGAAAAAAAUACUGAAGAAACAGAAUAAUAUUUCUUUGUCAGUACCUACAUUAUAUAUGAAAAAAAUUCAACAAGAACAUAGAGACAUUGCACAUUUGACAGAUCCGUGUUUGAAAUAUUAUCGCACUAACGCGUAAUUUACUCGUGAUUAAUUUAAUAAUUUAACAAGAUCCUUUAUUAUUUUUUUUAUAAUUAAAAAAACCAAAAUUGACACCCCUUAAACAUUUUUUGUUUGAAUUUAUUGAAAAACUAAUUUAGACUAAUAUUUUGAAUAAUUUAAAAAUGGAAAAUCAUAAAUUUGUUAGACUGCGAUAAAAUUUCACUCAUUGACCUGUAAAAUGGUAUGUGGUUUGUCUUGAAAUAUUUAUUCUUUAAUACUGAAUUGUAUGAAUUUUUAAAAGCCUGUAGACAGUGGGAAAAUUGAUACUAUAUACAUAGGUAAAACAUCACCUUAAAUAAAAUAAUAUACCAUUUCAGUUGAUAUCUCAAUCAUAAACUUAAUAUCCAUUUUUCUGCACUAUAUACUUCUCUCCUCUCAUUCCUUUUCACGUACGAAUGCCAUAAAUUUAUUAUGUUGACUCCCAAGACAAACUAAUUGCUACCACAUGGCAAAUAAAUUCACAAAAAUAGUUCAUAUACAGCGAAUUAGUCUUAUACUGUACCUCCUUUACCUACCUUUAGGAUUUUUUUAAAAGUCUUCUUUCCAUGCAUUUGGAAUAUAUAGUAGGUUAAUAAUAGAACAUUUUGAAGUACUAUCGGUAUAUUUAAAGAAAAAAAAAGACGUACUAUAUAGAAGUAAUAAAUGAAAAAUUGAGGCAUAAUUUGAAAAGCGAAAAAAGAGAUAUUUUUUAAAUUCACAUAAUAAUUAAUUAAGGGAUCACCUAAAAAAAAAUUUGUAGUCGUUGCGCGCUCAUAUCACGCAUUUAUCACUGAUAAAUUGUGCUUUUAAUGAAAUAAAGUUGCAUUGCCUAUUUGUCAUUGUUGCUAAGAGCCUAGAUAAAUGAUUUUCUAUAUUUUAUUUUCAAACUUUCUUACUUUUUUAGCUGAUAGAACUAAAGAUUAGUUCCUUUGGGAGUAAAAGAAAGUGGAUUAUAGUGAAAGUAAAUUGUUCCAAUUAAAAAAAAAAGCUUUUCGCAUCACAUUGGCUGUCUCGAUAUCGACUAUCGAGCUUUUAUUUUUCACCUAAAUGAUAUAUAGCUAAAUGGCAAUGCGUGUGUGUAUCGAAUAGUGCCAUGAGAGGGCUAUAUAGAGAACUUCAAAGCUCUUCCUGGGAUAAUCAUAAAAAAAAAAGAAAAUUCACUAAACUCUCGCGUAGGGAAUAAAAAAAAGUAUGUAUAUUGAGUAAAUUGGCCAAAUAGUGUAAUUUUUAUUUUAUUUUAUUUCUUUUUGCUUGAGAAAUUAAUGCGAAAUUUUGCGAGAAACAAAAUUUGUCGGAGCGAACUUAAGAAGAAAAAAAAAAACGACCAAGAUAGAUCUGUUCACUAAAAUGGAAACUUCUUGAAUUAGCCUAGAACUUUCCUUAGCACUCACACACAAUAUUUUUAUUCAUUUUAUAUUAAAAUCCAAUGCAAAAAAAAGUUUGUGAGAAGUUUUCCAAGUUGGAAAUUAUAUUUUGUAUGAGAAUCAAUUUGAAUGAUUUAUUUUUUGUUAUUUUAUCAUCAAUUUAUUGAAGAAAAAAAUCAAUAUAUAAAAAUGAUUUUUUUACAUUCAUUUUAAUGUCACACCACACACCUUAUUAUCUUUGAGACAAGAAGAAAAAUAUAUAUAAAUAAGAAAAAUGAUUAGCUCAAUAUAUUAAUUGUGAUAACCAUAAUUAAAAAGAAAAAAAAUGCACUAAACGGAUUUAUCGAGAAUGGAAAUCUGAGGCUAACCCCUUGAAAGUGAAGGUGAAGGCAUCUGGGAAAAAAGGAAAAGAACAACACACAACUGAUAAAGAACUUUUAUCUAAUUAUAGUAGAAAAAUAAUAGAAUUAAGACAAAAAAAAGAUGAUGACUAGUGGACAAAAAUAGAGAAACAAUAAUCGUCACAGUAUAAUUGUUACAUGUUGUUAAUCACAUCUCAAGAACUUACAAAAAAUGCAUUAAAGGAUUAUUGAGGAAUUCCUUCACAGAAUAAAUUAAUGUUUAAUAAAAAAAAAGAUGACAAAUUGAAUAUUUCUAUAAAAUUAAGUUGGAGUGAAAUAAAAUUAUUCACAGUGACGCUUCAUUUGUUCAGAGUUAUGUACAUUUAUAAAUUCUUAUUGCUCUAUUUAUAACAAAAUGUAUUUGACAAGAGGAAAAGAAAUUUAUUAUUAUUAAUUAAUUAAUUAAUGUGAUUGUUAUCCCUCCUUUCAUUCCAAAAAAAAAGAAGAAUACGAUGAAUUUUUAAGUAGAUAAAAAAAAAUGAAGAAAAAAAAUCAUUACAAAAAAGUAGUUGGGCCUAAGAAAUGCUAUAAAUUAUAAAUUACAAUAAUUGCAAAAACACAAAUUACAUUACAAUGACCCAUUUAUCUAUAGUUACUUACAAAAAUAAAUAAAACAUUCUGAAAACAAUCUAAACUCUUGUCUUUUUUCUAGAACCACAAACUUUCUAUCCAAGAAUUAAUAAACAAAAAAAAAAACAAGAAAAAAUGAUGCACAAAAUCAACACUUUUUCUAUAAUAUACUUCAUUUUAUACACCCUCCUCUACUCUCUUCUUGAGCAUUAAAAAAACCACAUCAAGUCGCAAAAAAAAGUAAGAAAAGGCUUAAAAAAAACUAAUUUUUACAAGAAAAAAAAGAAUCAUAAAAAUUGCUAUUGAAUACCUUUUGGAUAAAUGAACAAAAACCAAAAUUAGUAAAAUUUACUAAAUAAAAAAAAAACAAGAAUGCUAUUAUAAUUAAAAAUUUCCUAAUAAGUAAUGUAAUACAUCUGAAAUAUGUAAAAUGCUUUGUUAAAUGUAAAUGUUGUGUAUAGAUAAUAUAAAAAUACACACAAUUUUAUUGAAAAUUCUCUUAAA